CAGAAAAAAUAGUUCAGUACACAGUAAUGCUAUGUAGUAAUUACUGUAUUUAUGAAUUUAGCACCAAAAUAUCACGAUAUAUUGAAAGCAUUGACUACAAAAAUGCGUUGGAUAAUCCAGAACGUUGGAUAAGUGAGACUCUACUGUAAAUACUACAUAGCAUUACUGCGCAUGGAACUACUUUUUCUGUCAAAUUUGUUGUAUAAUAUGAUGUUUUGGUGCUUAAUUUGUAUAACGAUUACCUAAUUUGAUGUUUAAUUGGCUUUUCCUGAAUCCCUUCUUAUUAUCCAACAUAUUCACUUAUCCUGCCGGCCUGUUUACGUUGGAUAAGUGAGACUCUACUGUGUCAGAACCCUGCUACUAGAGCCUGGAUGUGGCUCUGAGUUUCAGGGUCACUGACAUUGAUAAGACACCUGCGUCCCAGGACUCGGAGGAGAAACGGCUGAUGGACUUGGCGGGGAAUUUGCGCGGGGUUUUACUGAGCGGGAAGAGACUGUUCAAAUGAGGGGGAGGGUAUAUAAAGGAGGGUUGGCCGGAGCCUCCCAUUCUUGGCUUUUCUGAUGUUCAUGUUUCCUACAGUAAAAGUUCCUGGUGAUACCACAAAGAGUCUCGUGUGUUCAUUCAGGAGCGGCUGUGGUGAGCUGACACUAAGCCAAGAAUACGGACACCAUCCCGCUGUAGCGGUGAGGUGUAACAUGCAAGUGGAGGAUGAAGAGCUCUUGGGCGCCGGAGGAGGAAGGUCGGAAAGGGCCACUCCCGAGACGGACGCUGAGUUCCACCAGCUGGCGGCCCUGGCGUCAUCCACCGCUUAUGCCCAGCCAAAUGGGGUAACCCAGAGGCGCGGAGUGGUGCGGGGAGAUAGCACCGGAGGAGAGGAAGGUUCACCUUCCCCAGGCCCGCAAAAGAUGGUGUUUCUGGAGGAGAGGAUGUCGGCGAUGGAGACCACCCUGGCAGUGAUGUCGAGGGCGAUGGAGCGCCUGGCGGUUUUGGCGGAGCCGGAGCGAGGAAGGGAACUCCGGGCUAGCUCAAUGUGGGACGUGAGCAUGGGAAGCAGCCAGGGCUUUGCAGACCUCCCAGCACCGAAGGGAAGGGAAAUGCGAAAGGAGCCCGGUGCCCGGCCCAAGAUCCAAACGAGCCUGACGCGGGUGGAGGAGAGUGACGACGAAGGGGAAAAGCCUCCGAGAAUCCCGGCUACGCUCCCAACUGAGACCCUGGUGCCCCUGGCGAAUGCCGGGCGUGGCACAGGACAAAGGGAAGCAGCAGCGGGGCCCACUGGCCCGCAAGGGGGCUUGCGACGGGCGGAGGAUUGGGGAUUGCCACCACAGGGACCCCUACCGAGACGAGAGGAACUAAGGAUCGAGUUUGGGGGAGAGUCCUCUGAACUGGAUUUUUUCCUGACCACGGUGAGGGGCUAUAUGGAGGACAAUGCCCACACUUUUAGAACGGAAUCCAGCCGGGUACGGGCCAUUGGUGCAGUGUUGAAGAGGGGAGCGGCCAGCUGGUACGUUCAACUACACGCGCGGCGCGACCCAUGUCUGGGGUCACUCCGACGCUUUAUGGGGGCCCUGGAGACCCGUUUCCGAGAUCCACUGGAGCAGAUCCGGGCGAGGGAGGAGUUGAAGACCGUCUCCCAGGGGCAGAGGUCGGUAUCUGAGUAUGCGGAGGAGUUCCAAUGCCUCGCUGAAAAGGUGCCGGAAUGGUCUGCAGUGACAAAGAUAGAACUCUUCAAAGAGGGGCUCAGGCGGGAGAUCCUCUCCUGGGCGGUGCAUCGUGAUGAGCCUGACACACUGCGCGGAUGGAUUCAGCUGGCGGGGCGCAUCGAGACAUCGCUGGCCCAGGCGAGGAGGCACCGAGGAGGGCUACAGCAGCGGCCGCAGAUGAAAGAGGGGAGCCGGAAGGAGGGAUCAACCCCAGCCGGGAGGAGAACGGAGCCGACAGGGAACGUGAGCACCAGCAGGAGGGGCUGCUUCGUGUGCGGCCGUUUGGGCCACAGGGCUGCCGAGUGCUGGCAGAGAAAAGGGGAAGGCGGAGGCCCGCCCAAACCAAGAGCCGUGGCAGGGAAACGCGCCGAGGAAGAACCACCGAUGAGGCACCACUCGGGGGGGUUGGACGAAGGGGAGGAGGACGCCAUGUCAGAACCCUGCUACUAGAGCCUGGAUGUGGCUCUGAGUUUCAGGGUCACUGACAUUGAUAAGACACCUGCGUCCCAGGACUCGGAGGAGAAACGGCUGAUGGACUUGGCGGGGAAUUUGCGCGGGGUUUUACUGAGCGGGAAGAGACUGUUCAAAUGAGGGGGAGGGUAUAUAAAGGAGGGUUGGCCGGAGCCUCCCAUUCUUGGCUUUUCUGAUGUUCAUGUUUCCUACAGUAAAAGUUCCUGGUGAUACCACAAA